AUGGGACCGUGAACGUCACACCAGCUCACAUCGAGUCCGCCCGCCGGAAGGAGCGCACGUCGAGUCGAAGGGUCUGAUCGAUUAAUCGGCUCAUCGGGAGGAAAUCGGCUCCGCGAGACAAGAAGCGGGGGAGGCUCCAGCCAUGGAGGGGGACUGCCUCAGCUGUAUGAAGUACCUCAUGUUCAUCUUCAACUUCUUCAUCUUCCUGGGCGGGUCCUUCCUGCUGGGCGUCGGCCUCUGGGUGCUGUUGGACCCAAUGGGCUUCAGGGAGAUGGUGGCGGCCCACGCGGUGCUGUUCACGGGGGUCUACGUCCUGCUGGUCUACGUCCUGCUGGCCUCCGGCGGCGUGCUGUUCCUGCUGGGCUUCCUGGGCUGCUGCGGAGCCGUCCGGGAGAACAAGGCCCUGCUGCUCCUGUUCUUCAUGCUCAUCCUCUUCAUCUUCCUGGCCGAGCUGGCGGCUGCAGUCCUGGCGUUCCUCUUCAGGGAGCAUCUGACCAGAGAGUAUUUCAUCCGGGAGCUGAAGCGUCACUACCGCGGUCACAACGACAGCGACGUCUUCACGUCCACCUGGAACGCCAUCAUGACCACGUUUGACUGCUGUGGCGUCGGCGGCCCCGAGGACUUCGAGGAGAGCCUCUCCAGGCUGGUCCCUGAGGCCUGCUGCCAGGGGGGGGGCCCGGAGCCGUGUGUGAGCGGCAGCAGGGUCUUCAGACACAAGGGCUGCUACUCCGCGGUGGUCGACUACUUUGAGAUGUACAUCUACAGCGCGGGCGCUCUGGCCAUCGUGGUGCUGACCAUCGAAAUUUGACGGUUGACUGUAGACGGGGACCACGUUUCAGGGCCCGUUGUGUUCUAGAACCAUCUGAGCUCUGGUUCUGUCCGCAGCUCUUCGCCAUGGUGUUCGCCAUGUGUUUGUUCAGAGGCAUCCAGUGACGGCCCAAGCUCCGCCUCCAGCUGCCGGAAGGAAACGUUGGAAAAUAUGAAAUGUACAGUUUGUGAGUCUCAUCGGUCUUGUGACAUCAUCGUGUACU